UUAAAAAUGUUUUAUAAACGUUAGAAUUAAACCUUUCAUAACCGUUUCCAAAACGUUUCAUAACGUUUCUUUAACGUUUUUCAUGAGUAAAAAUGUCCACUCAAAAAACGUUAGGUGAAACGUUAUUUUUGCGAAAAAAAAUCGUUGAAAAAAUGUUUUAUAAACGUUUUAAAACGUUUAUAAAACAUUUUAAAACGUUUUAUAAACAAUUCAUAAAUAAGAUUUCAGAGAGGUUCUUGUUAAAACGUUUCUUAUUGGUGCUUUACGGUUCUGAAACUAUAGAUACUUUUAAGAAACGUUUCUGAUACGUGUAUGUGCUACCUGGAACGUUCUUUUUUCUGUAAUAAUUAAAGAUAAACGUGUUUUAACCGACGUUAGAUUUUUCCUCAAACUUGACUGACCAUCUUCACACGGAUUCAUUUGAUGUAUUUCAGGCUCCGCCGUCUCAUAGAAUUCGUCGGAUUCAACAUCCGGAAAGAUGGGUUGGGUCCUCCCCGGUCUCGGAGUGGCUUUCAUCGUCAUCGCUGCCGGCGCCACUAUCGCCAUUUGCAGAAGAUAUUGCAGCGGAUGGCAGUUUGGCACCAGGAAUGUCUGGAGCGUCUGCGAGGAAUGGAGACAGAGGCUUUCAUGGCUUUGGGCACCGCGGGAAGAAAAGGUGGGAUUGGUAAAGGCUCAGCAUCCAACCGCCCAGACGAUACCAGGCCUAUAUCGUCAGGCUGGGAAUACCUCUCAACAUCUCUUGCAUAGCGACAGCGACCUCCGGUUAGACGCGCAAGGCGCUUUCACCAGAUUCGAGGCUGUCGACAGGGACUUACAUCCGCCCCUCGGCGGCAGCACGAUACCACCUCAACCGCUGCGACCCGCUCCUCAACCACGGCCGACUGCGCGCCCAAGACCGUCUCCUCUGCACACGCCGAGCACCGCAGACUAUCUUAGAAUGCAAGAGGCUGGUCCAGGCCCGCUGACACCGCCGCCGUCGUUGCAGAGAGGACCGAUGCGGUCGAGACCCCCCGGUCCGUCCGUGUUCCUCUUCCAAAACGAGCCGCCGAAGAAUCUCGGCCCGUUCCAAUCGUCGAUCGACCGCUCCGCCUUCGUGUUCGGUGAUGACACCGCCAAGACGAUCACGGAGAGCAUUCAGAUGACGCCUUACGCCGGUCAGAACCACAUAGAAUCCAGAUCCGUCAGACAAUUCGAGCCCUCCCAGGAUCCGGCGCGGUUUAGGUACAGUAUGAACCCUCCUAUUGACAAUCACCAUGACAACUUGGCCAACGAGGAUAUCGAUAGGAAUUACAGUAGCUACGAUAUCGUCCAGAGGAAUCAUAUUGCGCGACCAUAUGCGAGGAACGAGCCCAUAGGUUUGCCAAGUGGCUUCAACGCCGUUAAUCCGUCGAAUACAACGAGCCAGGUCAUCAUGGAGUCUAUAUAUGGGCCUCAGACUGUCUCGCAGAUGCUUCAGAACAGCGAAGAGCUGAACGGCGACCUAAACCGUAAAAACAGCGAUAUGCAGAACAUCGAGAUGACUCCAUUCAAGAGUAGCGGCCAUCAAGAGAGCAUCGAUCCCUACAUGUUUCACGGCAUGUCGAAGUCGCAAGAUCUCGAGAGAGUCUCGCAGUAUAUACAGAGUCUACCUGACCUUCUCGCCUACGAGUCCGUGAACGAGCUCGAGACGCAUCAGAAUCGAGAGCCGAUAUUGUUCACGAACACCAUCCAAGAAUCGAUCGACCACACAAAAGUCGCGAGCGAGUCGGCCUCGAGUCCAGUGCCGCCGCCGCCUGCACCACCGGAUCCAUCUCAAAAAGUCGCGAAGAAAAGCAGCCCGACCACCGGCGAGAGGAUUUUCAGCGCCUUGAGAUCGGUCACUUCGCAGAGUUACAUAGACGCCUCAGAAUUUUAUAAUUCGGUGCUCUCCUCGGCACAACAAGUGCAACGGUUUACGUUCCCGUCGACGUCACCGUCGUUUGUAAACGAUAAUACCGGAAAUCAUCUACAAGAUGCCGAAUAUCUGCAAGAUAUGCGAGAUAUUUAUGCAGAAACUGAUACAGAUGCUGUUGGCCUGGACGUCUCGAGGCGAAGUUCUGAUCUUUAUAGUCCUGAACUAAACCUGGAAGCUCACAGGACAGCGCAAGAAGUAUAUAAUAGUCUACAAGAUCCGCCGUCGUCUCCUUUAUUAGUAAAAGAGAAUAAUCAUGAGUCUUAUACUUACUUAUCAGAUCCGAGUUUCACUCGCACGUCGGAGGACAUUUUUAACAGCCUUGAACAAAGGCGUAAAAGUAUAGAAAGACUGAACGGUAUUCACGAAUACGUGGAACUUGACGCCACCGAUCCAUCAAGAAGACGAAACAGUCAGGAGCUCUACGCCGCCUUGGAGGAAGUGCAACUGAAGAGACGGCUUUCACAGGGUUUAGAGGAGUCGUAUCUGAGUUACGUGAUAAACGAUCACAAUAACAGAUCGGGAAAUCGUCGAGGAUCGCUGGUUCCUGAGCCAGAGCCACCACCUGACGAGUCCACGUUGAAGAGAGCAAUCAGUUGCGAGAGCGUAUGUUCCGACACUAGCGUGAAUCUCAACGACUUGGAGGAGGCACCCAUUGUAGGGCACAUUUGCGUCGGCCUUGAACAUGAGAGAUGGGGUGGUCGUGGAAGCGACAGCGAAGGCGACUUGGCCGUGAGUGUCCUGGAAGCCAGGGAUCUGGUUGCUGCUGAUGGUUCUCCUGCUCAAGACACUUUCGUUAGGGUGUGUCUGUUACCCGAUAGACAGACGCACGUGCAAACAAGAAUUUAUAGAGGAUGUCCAUCGCCUAGUUAUCAGGAGAAAUUCCUAUUCCCUCUCGAUGGUGGCCCAGCAGGCAGAACACUCUUUGUCGAGGUAUUUUCUGACGAGUCCAACAUCGGCGGCGGUGCGUCCUUAAUCGGCGAAGCCAGCUUGAAGCUCGGGCCCGCGGCGAGACCGCCAGCAACGACUUGGCUGGCACUCAGUGGACCUGCCUCACCCACUCCGCAUCUAGGAGAGCUAAUGUUCUCUCUGAGUUAUUUGCCAACGGCGGAGAGACUCACUCUCGUAGUAGUCAAAGCCCGCAAUUUGCGCGGCGCGAAUUCUAGUCCGGGUGAUUUCUUCGUCAAGGUAUACCUACUUCAACAAGGGAAGAAGAUGCACAAAAAGAAGACUUCUGUGAAAAAAGGCGAGAAAAGUCCAAUCUUCAAUGAGGCGAUAAUAUUCAGCGUACCGGCGCACGCUUUACAGACUAUACAGCUGAGAUUGACAGUGGCGGAAUUGAACGGCGAUCAAGGAGGUACGAAUGUGAAGGCGUACUCUGUCGGACACAUUAUCGUAGGAUCUACCUCGACGGGAAGAGCCUUAGCUCACUGGAGACAAAUGUUAGCGGCCUUGCGGCGUCCGGUUGCCAUGUGGCAUCCUCUCAGGAAGUAGAAGCGGAACCCGCUCUCCGGCAUGAGCCAGAGAAAAACGAUCAGUCGAGCGAGAGAUUUGCUCGAACGGUUCGACUGCGCAUUCGAGAGCAGUCUCGAAGUACCACUUUUGAACCGAUCAUAUGGAAUUUUGUGUCACACGCCCGCGGCGUGUUCUUCGGUGUAUCUGUCGUCGGGAAGGAUACGCGUAUGUUAUAUAAUCCACUUAAAGUAAGAUACAGUCCCUCGCGGAGAUGCGCGUCGUAAACAUUUAUCUAUUCAAUCUAAUAUUAACGAUCGUUCGGACCACCAUGUGGCGAUACGCGCUGUUCGUACGUGACGGAGGCGUCAAAGUAGCGACUCGAGAUCGUACCGCGUACCGCACAGCUAAAUCUCACAGUAUCGAAUAUUAGUAAUCCCGAUCAUUCGAUUCAUCGAUGCCAGUAGCGUCGAUCUCAUCAUUCAAGCACACGAAUAGGCUCUAAAAAAUUAUCCGCGCCGUCGUUUCAAUCGUGAGUUUGGUGAAAGGGCAAGUCUCGAGUGAAUUUUGCAUUCGGGUCUUUGCUCAAGACUCUAACGUAUUCACGCCAUUGUCCAGCGACAAUGAAAUCUUCCUCGUAAACAGAUAGGUAGAUUUAUCUAUCUGGAAAUACUUAACGCAAUCGACUGAAAUGCAAAAGUUUACAGCAAUGUGUUCCGUACAAUCAUGUUACAUAUCUCUCCCUGAACAAUUGAGUAUUUGAAGCAAUUAAUUUUGUCUUGGGUCUUUUUUCAGAGAUAUUCUUUUUUAGCUGUAACUUUUUCCCUUGAGAAUCGGAUGUACUCUCUUCGAUCUUUGAUUGUGCGUUUCAUCGUUAUUUAAGUAUAGAGUAAAUAGAGAUGUAGAAACUUCGUGUGCGUUUAUCAGGCCCAAGACAAUGCAGAAGGGAGAGGAAGGGAGGAAGAGUGAUAAUGAAAGCGACAGUGGAAGUGAAAGUAAGAGCGGGUGCGAGAAUAUAAGACGUACUUGUAAAGUUUCCGCGAAAGUUCGUGAUUCGUCAUAUGAAUGUUAAAGAUUAAUGCAUCUUCCAUCGACAUCAUUACGACCUCGUCGCACUCGCGUCACCGUUCGUUGGUAAUUAUUGACAUAACGAAGUUUUGACAAGUAAAAAGCACAACUCGACGAGAGCUUGCGAAAGUGAGAGGGGAACUUCGCAAAACUGUGUAAUUUCUAACCCUAUCGAAGUUCUGCGAAAUGUGUAACGUUGUUGUAUUCACUGUGGAUAUGUUGAGGCUUAUACAGAGUUUAUCACUGACGUUAUCGCACGAUCAUACUGACCAGUUUUCCUCUGCACGAGCAGAAAUGCGUACGCGAUGAUUCGUGUUCGGACUUCGAGCUAAUUUCUUCAAUCUUCCCCAUUUAAAUUGACGUCGUACUUUGCGAUGUACUUGUUACGAUUAUAUAGGGUGGGCCAAAAUUGUGGAAACAGUCCAAUAUCUCGAAAGAAAAGCAUAUUUUAGGAAAAUGUUUCAGACAAAAAUUAAAGGGUUUCAGAAGAUCUAUUUAAUGGCCAGUUUUG